AGCCUGGGUGACAGAGUGAGAUUCAGUCUCAAGAAAAAAAAAAAAAAAAGCAAAUAGCACUCCUACCCCCAUCUAUAAUUUUCCAACUUUUCACCCUAGCAAGUAUUGCUGUCUGACAUGUUUUUACCUGUUUACCGUCUGCCCCCCUCCCUCGCUAGAAUGUAAACCCUUAAGGAUGGAUUUCUGUCCGUCUUGUUCACUCUUAAAUCCCCAGCAUCUAGAAUGAUGCCUGACGUGCAUUAAGUCUCAGUAUGUAUUUGUUGAAUUGAAGGAUCGAUGGAUGGAUGGAUGGGCGGACGGACGGACGGACGCACGCACGCACGCACGCACGCAUGGAUGGAUGGAGUUUCCUGAGUCUAAAGAUGGACCUGCACCCCUAGCUGCUUUCCCAGUUGGUCACUCAAUAGAGGAGGAGCACACCAGGUGCAGUGGCUCAUUUGGGAGGCCAAGGCAGGAGGAUGGCUUGACCCCAGGAGUUCAAGACCGCCCAGUGAGUGAUGGCAUUUUUAUCUCCUGAUGAUGAUGCACAGCCUUCAGCGGGGGGGCAUUUAAGACGCAGAAUACCAGGUCCAGGCUGCAGCUGCGGGACUCAGAGGCGAAGCUUGAGGGGCUCAGGAAGGACGAAGAACCACUUCUUGAGAGAAGAGGCAGCAGCAGCGGUGGCAGCGACCCCACCACUGCCACAUUUGCCAGGAAACAAUGCUGCUAGCGACAUUCAAGCUGUGCGCCGGGAGCUCCUACAGACACAUGCGCAACAUGAAGGGGCUGAGGCAACAGGCUGUGAUCGCCAUCGGCCAGGAGCUGAACCGAAGAGCCCUGGGGGGCCCCAACCCUAGCACGUGGAUUAGCCAGGUUCGGCGGCGGAGCUCUCUGCUUGGUUCUCGGCUGGAAGAGACUCUCUACAGUGACCAGGAGCUGGCCUAUCUCCAGCAGGCGGAGGAGGCCAUGCAGAAGGCCUUGGGCAUCCUUAGCAACCAGGAGGGCUGGAAGAAGGAGAGCCAGCAGGACAAUGGGGACAAAGUGAUGAGUAAAGUGGUCCCAGAUGUGGGCAAGGUGUUCCGGCUGGAGGUCGUGGUGGACCAGCCCAUGGAAAGGCUCUAUGAAGAGCUGGUGGAGCGCAUGGAAGCAAUGGGGGAGUGGAACCCCAAUGUCAAGGAGAUCAAGGUCCUGCAGAAGAUCGGAAAAGAUACAUUCAUUACUCACGAGAUGGCUGCAGAGGCAGCAGGAAACCUGGUGGGGCCCCGUGACUUUGUGAGCGUGCGCUGUGCCAAGCGCCGAGGCUCCACCUGUGUGCUAGCUGGCAUGGCCACAGACUUCGGAAACAUGCCUGAGCAGAAGGGUGUCAUCAGGGCGGAGCACGGUCCCACUUGCAUGGUGCUUCACCCACUGGCUGGAAGUCCCUCGAAGACCAAACUUACGUGGCUACUCAGCAUCGACCUCAAGGGGUGGUUGCCCAAGAGCAUCAUCAACCAGGUCCUGUCCCAGACCCAGGUGGAUUUUGCCAACCACCUGCGCAAGCGCCUGGAGUCCCACCCUGCCUCUGAAGCCAGGUGUUGAAGACCAGCCUGCUAUUCCCCAGUGUGCCCAGCUGCACUGGCAUGCAUGCUCAUCAGGAGAAUCCCUGCUGGAAGUCUGCAAGUCUAAGAUCUCCAUCUGGCGACAGUGGGAUGGGUGGGGUUAGUGUUUAGAGUAUGACACUAGGAUUCAGAUUGGUAAAAGUUUUUAGCACCAAGAAAAUAGGGAUGAGGCUCUUGGAUUAAAAGAUAAUUUAAUUCACCGAUUAGCUAUGACAUGAAGGUUAAUGCCCCUAAAAUAAUUGUAAAACUCUUUUCUGGUCCCUUACAUUCCCACCUAAAACCAUCUUUAAAAUGCUAGUGGCUGAUAUGGGUGUGGGGGAUGCUAACCACAGGGCCUGAGAAGUCUUGCUUUAUGGGCUCAAGAAUGCCAUGCACUGGCAGUGCAUGUGUACAAAGCAGAAUCUCAGAGUGUCUCCUGCAGCCCUCUGCUCCUCCCAUUCACUGCACAGCAGCACCACAGAACAAGCAGCGCCCCACAGUGGGUGCCUUCCAGAAAUCUAGUCCAAGCUUUCUCUAUGGAAAAAGACAAAACUAAUUAGUAGACAGGUUUCCCUACUGCUUCCAUAGGCACCAGUCAGAAUAAAGAAUCAUAAUUCACACAAAA